AUGGCUUCAAAGGGUGUCCGAGGUCUAGGUGAGGCCUUCAGAGCUCUCAGCCUCACAUCUCAAUCAUGUAGAGAAGCCGGUCUGCACCGAGUCCCAGCACUCACCAGGUCAAUGGCCACUGAGGCGACUCUUCCACAAACGACUGCAUCAGUAGACACGAGUUCAAAUAUUUACCAGUCUCAACCGACUGUUCCGUUGACGAUUUUCUCGUUUCCUUCGUAUGAACCCCAACGCCUCGAAGCCUGGUCCUCGAAGCACCUCAACCUGCCAUUGCGCCGGGACAUUCUUCACUUGGCCGUGGUAUACGAGGGUGACAACACGCGACAAGGAACCGCUUCAUCCAAGACACGAUGGGAAGUCCGUGGUUCCGGACGCAAGCUCUAUGCGCAAAAGGGUCUCGGCCGGGCGCGAGUCGGCGACGGUCAGUCUCCCCUGAGGAGAGGUGGUGGAAAGACGUUUGGUCCCAAGCCUCGCGAUUUCGGCACCAAGCUCAACAAGAAGGUCUACGAUCUUGCAUGGAGGACGGCCCUCUCCUACCGAUACCGCCGAGGCGAACUGGUCGUGUGCCAGGAUGGAAUGGAGCUCCCGCUACCCGCCGAAUUCGAGGAGCUUGUCCUGAACCACCAGAUCAGAGACGAGGAGUUGCUCGAUGGCUUCAAGGCGCGCUGGGCAAGACAGGUGCUGGAUAGCAAUGAGUGGGGAAAACAGCAUGGAAGAAGCACAAUCAUUACCGGCUCGUGGCGGGAUAACUUGUUUGAGGCAAUGGAUCUCGUACCAGGAUACGGCCGUGCGCUCGAUGUCGACGAUGUCGACGUUAAAGACCUACUUGAAACAGGCAGGCUCGUUGUUGAGAGAAGUGCGCUCAAGGAGAUGAUUGAGAGGCAUCAAAGUGAUCUGGUGUCGAGUGUCUUUAUGAACGGCGCAGUGGUGGGCUCGAAAGGACCCGAGAGCGGAAAGAUUAUCGUCGAGUAG